AGUCGCGCUUGUUCCACGGUCAGGCAACAGAAUGAAGAUGCAGAGCUCAGUCGUGUUCCUGGUGCUUGUGGCGGCGGCCAGCAUCGAGGGCCACAAGUUCAAGUUUGGAAACUGCAAGGAUUAUUCUCCCGUCGCCAACUUCCAACCUGGCAAGAUGAACGGCACUUGGUACGUCAUCAAGAAGGUCGCGACUACGAGCACUUGCAUGAGCGUGAUCUACAACAACACUGCGAACUACAUGGAGAUGAGGGAGAUCAGGACGCCUGCCUCCAUCACGCCCUUCAACAUCAUCCUCACCAACAUCGGAAAACUCACCCAGAAAGGGAACAACCCAGCCGUCAUGAACUUGAAGUGGGAGAACGUGAUCAGCAACGUCCUUAAGACAACUUACACAGUCGUGGACACAGACUACACCAGCUAUGCCAUCGACGCCGAGUGCCAGAGCCUGUACUUUGCCAGGAGGGAGAGUGCCACCAUCCUUAGUCGCACUCCCACCAUGGACCCUGAGCUCGUCAAAGAGCUUGAAAAGAAAUUGGUAAAUGAAGGAAUCGAUACGAAAUCCUUGAACCCGAUCGACCAAUCCAACUGCUUCGAGCCCCAGGAGGUUGACUACAACAUCGUGGUGGACGAGGAUGGAGUGCGAGCUGGUCUAAAGGAUGAGGAUGACGUCAGCAUCGUAGACAUCAGGAACGAAGAACAGCUGGCAGAGUACAUCAACAAGAACCGAAAAUGAGGUGAAAAACCAAGUGGGGGAAGUCGAGGUUGAGGAAGACAGGGAAAUGAUCCUUGUAAGAAAGGUGAUUUCUUCCUUUGUUCACUUUUGUCUGUUGUUUUAAGGCAUUCUGAUUUUUGGCAGAGGGAAUGCUUUCGUUUAGUUGGCUAUCAUUUACAAAAGAUUUCGUCUGUAUCUGGUUUCGUAUGACCUCGUGAUAACAUUGGUCUAAAUUGUUAUUCAUUGUUGUUUGAAAUAAAACUUGAGGCACAGUU